CAGCAUGCACUGCGCGCGCCCCUCCUCUCUACGUCACUCCAGACCCGGAGGAGAGGCCUCGCCCCAUCAGGCUGCAACAAAACUUUAUAGCCCUUGUAAAUAUCCUCAGGCCUCCUUUAGCAUCACCAUGGAGCCAUCAGGAAACUCUACAAGCAACCACACGUCAAACUCAACCGGUGCUGAGGGUUCAUGGGAGAUCAGCGACAAGACUAAACUGUGCAGAUUCCUCUGCUACGGCUCUGAGGGUGACAUCUACACCGCCAGAGAGCAGGGCCGCGUCUCCAUGGAGAACGCCGGAGCGCUGCUGACCUUGCUGCAGGAUGGGAGAGGUGCAGAGGUGGUGGAGGAGAUAAAGCACUUUGCCCUAGAAGGUCGCGCAGUCAGACCAGGUCCGGCCCUCUUUGCCCUGGCUUUGUGCUCCCAACAUUCCGAGCUGAAGACAAGGCAGGCGGCGUUCAAAGCCUUGAAGGAAUUCUGUAGGGACCCCGCCAACUUGUUUUCCUUCAUUCAGUACAAAAAGGAGCUGAAAGAAGGCAUGAAAUGUGGGAUCUGGGGGCGCGCCCUGAGGAAGGCCGUGUCUGACUGGUACAAUGAGCAAGACCCCCUGAGACUGGCUGCAGCUGUGACCCGAUGUAAACAAAGAGAGGGCUGGUCUCACCAGGACCUGCUCAGGCUCUCCCACACAAAACCAGCCACUGAUGCUGUUGCCUUGAUCAGCAAAUAUGUAACAAAGGGGUGGAAGGAGGUCCAGGAGGCUUACGCAGACAAGGAGAACUCGGAGGAGGUUGUCCAAGUGCUUUCCUAUCUGGAGGUGGUGGAAAAGGCCAAACACAGCUGUGAUGAGCUGGAGGUCAGCGGUUUAAUAGAGGAGCACAAGCUGGGGAGGGAGCAGCUGCUCACAGAUCAUCUGAGAUCAAAGCAGGUAUGGGGGGCUCUGCUAAAGGAAAUACCUCUGCAUUCGAUUUUAAAAAUCCUGGGAAAGAUGACAUCGAACAAACUCCUUGAACCAAGAAGCUCUGAGGUGCAAACAAUAUGCGACAGACUUCAGAACGAGGCCUCCCUGAAGAAGGCAAAGAUCCAUCCUUUCAGCAUCCUUUUGGCUUCAGAGAACUACAAAAGAGGCCAAGGCUAUCAAGGAAAAACCAAAUGGGAAGCAGACGUUAGCAUCCUCAAAGCUAUGGACUGUGCUUUUUACAAAAGUUUUAUGAAUGUGGAGCCUGUUGGGAAACACUUCGUCGUGGCAGUAGAUGUGAGCACGUCGCUGACCAGCAUCGUCCCGGGAACAGCAAUCAGCACCGCUGUAGCAGCCGCAGCUGUAACCAUGAUCUUUUCUCAGACAGAAGAAAACACGGACGUCCUUGCCUUCUCUGAGGGAGCCGUGGUGCCACGCUCUCUUUCUGCAGACAUGACGCUUGCAGAUGUCACUGCAGAACUGGUUAAGUUCCCUAGUGGCAGCACGGACUGCACUCUUCCCAUUACAUGGGCCACAGAAAAUGGGAAGUCCAUCGAUAUGUUCAUCAUUCUAACCAACAACCCACUGUGGACUUUUGCAGCUAGCCCAGUGGAUUCUUUGAAGAAGUACAGACUUGCAUCAGGCACUGCGUCCAGGUUGGUGAUGUGCGGCCUGACGUCCAUCGGACACGCCAUCGCCGACACGGAAGACAGUGGUCUGAUCAGCAUUUUCGGCUUCGACCACGGAGCUUUUGAUGUCAUCCGUAACCUCGCCCUCGGUCUGAUCUGACAGGAUCAGGUGAAGAAGUAACAGGGACCAUUUAAUUCACGUUACAAAAAAAACGACAUAAAGUGGACCCACGAGGCUCACACAUGGAACGAUCUGGGGCAACUAAUCAAAAACAUGCUGACAAUUCCAGAUUCUCCUUUUCUUUGUAUUAUGUUUCCUAAAAACCGUCUAACAAAGGGUCCAGCUGGCUGGACGCUCUCUGAUGUUACAUGCAUGUAUUUUCUGUGAAAUUUGAAAGGCAAAUGCUAAUCCAGGCUAAGCUAUCAAAAGUGAGUGCAUAGCAGGCUGUUGAUGGUCCUCAGUAAGACACUAAAAUCUGUCCUUUACAGGAAGAAGACGGCAGAUAGUAGCUGAAUCAGAAUAUUAGCUCUUUAUGCACCUGUAGGUUAACCUUGAGGUGGUUUCCUGUUCAGUCUGCAUCUUUUACAGCUUGUUUGAAGUAAAGUAAAGCUGGAGGUGGUACCCUUAAUGAAGAUGAGUGGAAGCACCAAAGCUCCACCGCAAAACCUUCUGUUCAUUUUCUUACACCUGUUUUAUUUUAAUACUAACAUUGGAUUCAUUCUAAAUUCAUUUUGUUUUGAUCUUUUACUAUUUAGCCCUAGAUGAGUUUUAUUAUGUCAGAGUAAUAUCUCUCGCUCCCUUUGAACAUGAUAUCAGUCAUCAAAAGCGUGACUGCAAUAGUAAAUUCAAGGUUUUAUCAUUUAGUGAAAGCUGAUCCGAUGAUUACCGUAUUUCCUGGACUAUAAGCUGCUACUUUUUUCCCUCACGAUUUGAACCAUGUGGCUUAUAAGAAGGUGCACCUUCUCAGUGGAUUUUUCCUAACUGCCAGAAGGGGAAGUCAAAGUUGGAAAUGAAAUAAUAAGGGGCUAAUUUUCAUUUAGCACAACAUGCUAGCAGCAGGCACAGAGGAGAACAAAUAGGGCUUGGGCGUCAUGACGUAAUUACUUUGCGUGGCCGCCAUGUUGAUACCGCUGCUCAGACUAUUGCCUAUCACUACCACGUACUGUACUCCCUCUCAGCCGUGUUUUAAUUUGUUUAAUUUCACCUUAACUUGAUUUCAACCAUGGUAAACCGUUGCUGUAUUGUGGGCUGUAACAGCGCAACACAUGAUCGCCAUGGG